AUCCGGCAAACUUAUCAGUUAGCAUACGACUGUUGCAUGUGUCGCGUUGCAUCCUGCGUCUGCAUCCCAAGCGCAAUUGUCAGUGUUGCGAGACCACGUGGGGGAAACGCGUUAAUGUAUUAAUUCGGGGAAAAAAAGUGAAGACCGCGUAGAUAUAUGCUGCGUAGAUAUAUGUUGCAUUGAUAUUGAAAUCAGUAGCGAUAUAUGAUAGGAAGUUCUUAUCUCUCCCUAUAUCAGGUUUCAUCGCGCACGUGAUAUCUGAUACGACGAGACGAGAAGUGACGAUACGAUUUAUUUGUCGCGACAAAUGUACAUGCAAAUAUGGAUGUUUAUGAUAGCGCAUAUAAUUUAUGCCCAACACGUGAGAGAAAGCACUGUCAAAAAUGAACUAUGCAAAGAUUAUAAGCCUGGCGAUGACGAUCUACAAACCCUCGACUUCAUUAGCAAGUUGAAAUUGGAUAUGCUGAAUGCACGUUAUAGCGGCAUGACGAAAGUCCGAGGCAGCAAUCGUAUGCAGACAGCUUAUCGGCUAGAGAAAGAAACUGAUGUCACUCUGUCGACAAAGAAUAUCACACCUACUGGACUUCCAGAGGAAUUCUCGUUGAUGUAUACGUUGAGGACUAGAAAAUUACAGAAAUAUCCUUGGCAUAUCAUUAGAAUCGUGGACGUGAGAGGUGAUGCUCAAUUUCUUAUUACGAUGAGUCCUAGGAAACAGACGUUGGACUUUUCAUUAAUUGAUGAUGAAGGAAAAUUGCAGACGGUCUCUUUCACGAAUGAUCGCAUAUUCGACAAAAGUUGGCACAAAAUAAAUUUCGGAGUAUUCAAGGAGAAAUUAGUGCUUAAAAUUGAUUGCGAAUACAUUGGUAUGGAAAAAUUAAAACCGCGCAGAUCAAUUAAAGUUGAUGGAGACAUAUCGAUAGCCAAAAUGAACAAUAGUAAAAUCACAGUACCGAUCGACAUGCAAUGGAUGAGUCUAAAUUGUGAUCCUGCGAGUUUAGACAGAGAAAUGUGCGAGGAACUACCGAAAAGUCUUCAAGCCUCUGCGCUUCAAAUAAAACCUGCUUGCGAAACACUCUGCCUGCAGGGAUUCAACGGUACAAAUGGAUCUCCUGGUCCACCCGGCUUACCCGGAGUGCCGGGACCAAUUGGUCUACCAGGCUUACCUGGAUUUCCAGGACAACCUGGACCGCCAGGAGAACAAGGAAGAACAGGAGCUCCAGGUAAUACUGGCGCUAGAGGUUUUCCAGGGUUGCAAGGUCCCAGUGGAUCGAUUGGACCUGCGGGACUACCGGGAAUACCAGGUCCACCGGGACAAAAUGGUGAUCGUGGUGAAAGGGGUGAUAUGGGAUUUCCGGGUUUAAAAGGAGAUCAAGGUCCUCGAGGAUUUCCGGGUCCACCAGGAAAUAAUAACUUAUCACGCCUGAUAGGUUCUCCAGGAUACACGGGUGAAAAAGGAGCUAAGGGUGAACGAGGAAAUGUUGGUGCUCAAGGACAACCGGGUGAAAAAGGCGAACGUGGAGAGAGAGGUCAUGACGGCGCACCAGGUUCUCCAGGACUUCCUGGUUCCCCCGGACAUGCAGGAAAUGCCUUUACAAAUGCUCUUGGCAUUCCAGGACCACCAGGUCCUCCUGGCAUAACAGGAUUACCGGGACGACCAGGUCCUCCAGGAUUGCCAGGAUUAACAGGGCUUCCUGGUCCGUCAGGUCAAAUGGGUCCGAAGGGUGAUGUCGGAGAACGUGGACAAGAUGGUAUACCAGGAUUGAUAGAUAAUAACGUAAUACCAGGACUACCUGGUCUCGAAGGACCUCCUGGUCCUCCUGGUGAGGAUGGUCUUCCCGGCGAGAAGGGAGAAGUUGGACUAAUAGGUCCUCCAGGAUUACCCGGAGAAACAGGAAAAGAUGGAUUUCCAGGAUUACCGGGACCAGAGGGGCCUCCAGGAUUACGCGGGGAACCAGGUUCUUUAGGACUGCGAGGUUUAGAAGGAAUCGCAGGAAAACCGGGAUUACCAGGGCUUGAUGGAAAACCGGGUGAAAAAGGUGAUAAAGGACAAGAAGGUGAACGAGGUCUUAUCGGACCUCGUGGGUUACCAGGAAGUUCGGGCUCAACGGGCUCGCCGGGUGCACCAGGUAUACCAGGAUUGGAAGGAAGAUCUGGUCAAUCUGGACCACCAGGACCGUCAGGUCCACCAGGACCUCCAGGAUCUCCUGGUCUUUCAAUUCCAAAUAAUAGCUUCGAAAACCUUCGUAUUCCCGGUCUCGAGGGACCCAGAGGCCCACCAGGAAUACCAGGUGAAAGAGGAGUCCCUGGGGAACGAGGACCCGAAGGUCAAAUAGGCCCGCCCGGAAUACCCGGCAAGGACGGAGCACCCGGAUUGCAAGGAUUACCCGGAAGUAGAGGUCAAAUGGGAUUGCCAGGACUUCAGGGCCUGCCGGGCCACAGUAUUAACGAAGCGGAAAUUCGCGAUAUUUGUGCCAGCGUGCUAAGAGAUGACAGAGAUGAUAUCACACAUGCAGGGUCCACCUGGUCCGCCCGGCCGAAAUCGUCCAGGUCGUCCUGGAUUGCCUGGUCCCCAAGGUCAUCCAGAGAGGCUGAAAGAAUUAACAGAGGGUCUACGAGGGCUACCUGGGCUGCCGGGGCCGGCUCGACACGGCCGUCCCGGUCGAGUCGGAAAGCAAGGCAUUCCAGGUAUCUACCACUCGAAAUAACGCAUCUCUCUGGAAUGUCUGAAAAAUGUUUGAGAUAAGGGAAACUUUCGUCGUGUACAUGAGAAAAAUUUCAGUAAUUUUACUAACAGUUUCAUACCGAUUAAAAUGCUUUUAACAUACUGUUACAUUAUGACCAAUAAUUGAGAAAUAAUUGAAGGCAGAAUGUAACUUAUAUUUCCCCUAAGGAACAGACGUUUAAAAUUAUCUUUUAAAACCUCAUGCAUACCUCAGGUCGAAAUAUCGAAUUGAAAGACCCUGGAAGUAAGUCAACGACCGAACUGCUCUUAUUGUUUUAUUUCGUACGUUCGUUCGGCGAUCCUCUUUUAGAUAAAGAAACUUAAUUAUCCUCGAAUCUUAUCUGAGAUGGGAUCAAAUGCGAUCUUCCAGGAAUAAUGAGUUUAAAAAAUUUACAUGUGAAAGCAUAGUUUGGCUGAAUUAAUAAAAUAAAAUUUAUCAGAGCUUUCUCUAAGAAUUAUUUGUACAGAAUGAAAAGUUUGUUUGACGAAGAUUAUGUUUUACAGAGAGUUUGAUGUGUAUGUUAAUGAUAUAGAGUUGAUCUUUAUUACCCUCUCAAAUUUAUAUAUGUAUGUGGUUUCUAACAAAUGCAUAUUUCUAUCAAAAUAGAUAUUUUCCUUUUUUACUUUUUGUGUUAUUAACAAACAUUUGCUUUAUUCUAUUUAUCACUUGGUCUCUUUUAAAAUGUGGAAUUUGGUUAUAGUUUUAUUUAUUACUUUUUAAACUCUGCAUUUUAUCUCUAAAAAACUGUCACAGUAAUUUUAUUUUACAAGCGUUAUAGUUUCUAUGAUUCUAUUAAUUGUUUAUUCCUGAAUAUUUAUCUUUUUUUUGACAUUGUUCCUCGAUGAUUGCAACUCUUCCUACCAGUUUUUAUUUUAACAUUUUAUUUAAUUUUUAUGUAAUUUUUCCGGCCUUGAAAUUAAAUUGCGAGAACCAAAAAAAUAUCAUGAAAUACUAGACGUAACAGUAUCUUAAAACAAAUCUAUUUUUUUAAAAAGCAGCACAUGCUUUAUGCUUUUUUCGUCCUAUCAUUUUCUACUUUUACCUUUGAUUUUAUAAUAGACAAACUUUAUUAAAUUGCUUUAAAAACAAAUGCCUGGAUAUUAUACAAGUUAAAAUUAAUGCAUGAUACAUCUUUCAAAUAUAUUUCAAUAUAUCGCUUUCGAUAUUUCUCGAUUUUAAUUGAUUCUAUUUUGAAUCGU